CUCACAAGUCAUAAACAACCAAAGUAGCGAAACAGAUAAAGAGAGAAAUGGUAGAUUGGUCUAACUUACCGGAGGAGCUCCUCCCCUUGAUCGCCGCCCGAUUGUUCUCGGUGGUCGAACUCAAACGAUUCAGUAGUAUCUGUAAAUCUUGGCAAUACUCUGUUUCGGGCGUGAACAAGAACUAUCCUUUCCCGCGCCGGCCUAUCAUCCACUUUAAUCCCAUCGCCCCUAGCGAGACCAUACUGCACAACCAUGUCUACCGCUGCGACCCCGGCGCAUUCCUCUCACGCGCCGCCUUCUUCCGAGUCACUCUUUCCUCCUCUCCGAGUAAGGGCUGGAUGAUCAAAUCCGAUGUGGACAUCAACUCCGGCAGAUUCCGUCUCCUCAACCCUCUCUCACGUUUUCCAUUGCGCCAUUCUUCCGAGGGCCUCGAUCUUUUGGAGUUCACUGUCUCCGAGAUUCGAGAAGCCUACGCGGUUCUUCAAGAUGCUAAGGGAAGAAUAACAACUCCCGGAUUCCAAAAAAGUGUUCUUGUCAAAGUCAAGGAAGGAGAAGAUCAUCAUCAUGGAGUUCUCGGAAUCGGUAGGGAAGGACAUAUCAACUACUGGGAUGGAAAUGUCUUGAAGGAACUCAAAGCAAUGGGUGAUCACUUCUCCGACAUUAUAGUUCACAAAGGAGUAACUUACGUCUUGGAUUCAAAGGGCAUUGUUUGGUGUAUUAAUUCAGAUCUUGAAAUCUCUAGGUACGUAGCUUCACUUAAUGAAAACAUAACUAUUAAUGGCUGUUGGGUACACUUGAGAUUUGUGGAAUGUUGUGGAGAGCUUUACGCUGUCGAACGCAUCCCCAAAGAGAAUCCCCGGAAGAGAAAAUGGAAUUUAUUUCACUAUUCUAAAACGGCCGGUUUCAAGGUUUACAAGAUGGAUGAGGAAUUAGGAAAAUGGAUAGAAGUGAAGACCCUGAGAGACAAUGCAUUUGUGAUGGCUACCGAUACUUGUUUCUCGGUUUUGGCUCAUGAGUUUUACGGAUGCCUCCCAAACUCUAUUUACUUCAUUGAGGAUUUACGGCCUAAGGUGUUCCAGCUAGACAAUGGUAAUGGAAGUAGUAUCACCAGCAAGUCGGAAUCUUCCGAGAUUUCUUUCCAAAUGUUUUUUCCUAGCUUUCUUUGAAUCUUGUUUAGGUAAAAGCUACUUUCUUUAUAAUUAAGAGUACCAAUCAUCUCUAAUAAAAAGCUUACUUUUCAUCUUUAUAAACAAAGC